AUGGCUGGACGAGGCCUUGUUGAGGGAGGACUCGUGCUGGGUGAAGAUGAGCGGAAGAAGCUGGCAAAGACGGUUGUCGAUGCUGCCAUCAGCAUCUACACAAUUGGCAUGAUGAAGGAGUGUUACGCUCCUGUGGAGGUGAUCAAUCAAUGGGUGCCCGCGCUAGCAGGCUUCUUUCCCAGCCUUGCGACCUCGCCACUUUCAUGGGAGGAUCGGCAUCGUGCAAUUGCAAAGCUCUUGUACGAGGUCGGCUUGCGUUUGGGUGGCUUGGCCUUCAAGGCCAUGCAAUUCGUGGGUCUGCGGGAUGAUCUCCCGGAUGGGUACAAGCAGUGGUUCUCCAAGGCGCAGGAGAACACUGACUUUUUCAGCUCGGAAGACCAUGUGAAGCGGGUUUUGGGUGAAUUUGCACCCAGAUUGAAGUGGAGUUUUGAGCCUGUGAAGUCCGCAUCCAUUGCGCAGGUGCACCUGAAUGCUUCCUGGGACGGGCGGCCGGCCAUUGCCAAGGUGCAGCACGCGCACGUGAAGGCGGAGUACGCCGGUGACCUGAAGACCAUGGCAGAACUCGGUCGUUACGUCAACAAAUACCCAGAGGCAACGGGCGCGGCGGUUAUGCUGGAGGCCCUGGCAUUGAAGCUGGCACCCACGGUUGACAUGGAGACGGACUUCAACAGAGAAAGGGUGAACCAAGAGCGUGCACGUGAGCUCUUCCGGACACAUGACACCGACGUGGUGGUGGCUGAGGUUUACGCGGCCUCAUCGGAAGGUCUGGUCAUGGAGAAGCUGGAGGGAAUCACAGCUGCGGAGGCCAUUGCCGGCUGGAAGCAGGGAGGUAAGAACGACAUCUUCGGACGGAAGCAGCGAGACGCCGUCUACAGUGCCUUUGCGGACAUGGUGCUGAAGCAUGGCUUCUUCCAAAUGGAUGCGCACCCAGGAAACCUCAUGAUCCUCAAGGACGGUCGCCUGGCCUUGCUGGACUUUGGCCAGUGCUGUGAGCCCACGGAGGAACAGCGAAAGCGCUUCCAGCAGUUUGCGCUUAUGGCGCCAACCUCCGAAGAAGCAACUCAAGACAGCAAGAAACUCAGGUCCUGGUUGUCAAACAUGGGCAUCGAAGUGACGGAGCCGAAGGCUGCGACAACAGCACAAAUGCUCUUCUAUGGUGAGAAGAGCUCCAUGUUUCCGGACACAGACAGGAUCGACCCGGAGAUCAUGCCAUUGCUCCUCAUCGUGCUCUACCUGUCCCGCUUCGAGAAUACGGUGGCUCAACUGCGCACUCAGGCAGGUUUCCAAGAUACGGAGGACCACUUUGCCGUUCUUCGAGCUUUUAACAAGAAGGCAGCUCUGGUGAUGCCGGAGGCGCACACAGACCUCUGA